GUUUCUCGUCUGUCAGAAGUGAAAUGAACAUGACAUUAUCGUAAAAAAAUAAUUUAAGCUUAGUUUGCCGUCCUCAGGAGAUGGUUAUAAUAAAACCACCAUGCACGAGGCUUACGAGGCAGCUCCGAUUCUGGAAAAACUCCCACUGCAGAUAGAGUCCAUCGCUUGUUACGAGGACACAUUGUUGGUAGGAACCAAGCAAGGCCACUUACUCCUAUACAAAGUAAAGCCAGCCCGAGGAUCAGGUGAAAGAAAGUUUGAAGUGUCUCUGGAAAGGUCCAACAAAUCGUUUGCGAAGAAACCAAUAACACAGUUAGCUGCUAUCCCAGAGUGCUACAUUCUAAUAAGUCUUUCAGACAAUGUCAUUAGUGUCCAUGAUCUUCAGUCUUUCACCCAAAUCACUUGUGUCAGCAAGACUAGGGGAGCCACAUUGUUUUCUGCAGAUCUUCAGAAACAUAAAUCUCUUAGUGGAGAAGUCCAGCCUACUUUGAGAUUAUGCGUGGCCGUUCGAAGAAAACUUCAGAUGUUCUAUUGGAAGAACAGAGAUUUCUUAGAGUUACAGAGUGACCUGAGCUUACCAGACACACCUAAGUGUAUGGCCUGGUGCAAGGAUUCCAUAUGUGUGAGCAUCAAGAGAGAGUACUGCCUCAUCAAGGUGCAAACUGGAGACCAGAAGGAGCUGUUUCCAUGGGGCAGUAGACAGCAGGACCCAGUCAUUAAACAGCUGGGGGAGGACAGACUGGCCCUGGGGCGCGAUGAGAUGUCCAUCCUGAUCAAUUCCGAAGGUGGCCCCACCAUGAAAUACCCUCUUACCUGGUCAGACAUUCCACUCAUGCUAGAAUAUGAUCCUCCAUAUGUGAUAGGGGUGUUGCCCAAAUAUGUAGAAAUCAGAACUAUAGAAACAAGGCUGUUAAUCCAAAGCAUUGACCUGACCAAGCCUAAGUUAAUUUGUCAUGGCAGUGGCCAUGUGUACUUGGCAGCCAAUAACUUUGUAUGGAGAUUAGCUGGUAUACCUAUAUCAAAACAGAUACGUCAGCUAUUGCAGAACAAAGAGUUUGAGCUGGCUUUAUGUUUGGCAAACAUGACAGAGGAGCCUGACGAUGAAAAGCAGAAGCUCACCCAGCACAUACAGAACCUGUAUGCCUUUGAACUGUUCACCCAGCAUCGCUUUGAGGAGUCCAUGAAUAUAUUUACUAAGCUAGGGACAGAUGCCUCCCAUGUGAUAGGGCUCUACCCUAACCUACUACCUCAGGAUUACAGGAACCAGCUAGAGUACCCUGACAAGCUGCCCGACCUGGAGGGCGGGGAGCUGGAGAAAGGGCUACUCGCUCUGAUAGAUUACCUCACCCAGAAACGAAAUGAACUAUUAAAAGACAUCAACAAAGAAAUGCAGUCCACGGCCAUUGUGGAGGGAACCACAACCAUCAAAUCCAAAAAACAGUUGAGUCAAAUCGUGGACACAACUCUCCUGAAGUGCUAUCUCCAUACAAAUGAUGCAUUAGUGGCUCCCCUGCUGAGGCUCAAGGACAAUAACUGUCAUGUUGAGGAGAGCGAGAGAGUGUUGAGGAAGAAAGAGAAGUUCAGUGAGCUUAUCAUAUUAUAUGAGAAAAAGGGACUCCACAAGAAAGCUCUGGAGUUGCUGAUGAAGCAAGCCGCCCGUCCAGCAUCACCACUUAAAGGCCAUGACAGGACUGUGCAAUAUUUACAGCAUUUAGGUCAAGAUCACUUGAAUCUGAUAUUUGAAUAUGCUGAGUGGGUAUUAAAACAACAUCCGGAAGAUGGUAUAAAAAUUUUUACAGAGGAUUUGCCAGAAGUAGAAAGUCUUCCUCGUGAUCAGGUUCUUGACUAUUUAGAAAAAAUCAGCAAAGAUCUGGCAAUACAGUAUUUGGAGCAUGUUGUUGUUCAGUGUGCAGACGAAACCCCUGAGUUUCACAAUAGACUGGUCCAUUUGUACAGAGAAAAAGUUCAGGUCAAAAUGACAGAAUAUCUUCAUUCCCUACCUGAGGGUCACCCGCCGUCCAAGGCUGGCCAGGAGCCUGGAGAGCUGGGAGAGCUGAGAGUCAAAUUGCUCAACUUCCUAGAACAGUCCCAACUCUACGUCCCCGAGAGACUCCUCACACAUUUCCCAUUGGACGGUUUUUAUGAGGAAAGAGCCAUUUUGUUGGGGAGGUUAGGACGACAUUCACAGGCUUUGGGGAUAUAUGUUCACAUUCUACAGGAUACGGAACUGGCCGAAAAAUAUUGCAAAAGACAUUACAGCAAAUACAAAGAAGGGAAUAAAGAGGUGUAUGCCAAUCUAAUCAAGUUGUACUUACAACCCCCGGAGCCCUCCUCACUAGGCCUCACGUCAGGGAUGAGAUAUAACCCCAAACCUAACCUACCUGCUGCCUUCAAGUUACUGGAGAGUCAUGCCAGCAAAGUUGACACAGCACAGGCCUUGGAAAUGUUACCUGCUAAUACAGAGGUAAAGCAGAUCCUGACUUACCUGGAAAAUGUGAUGGAAGAGAAGGCAGCCAGUAAGAGAAGCUGCCAGGUGCUAAAAAGUCUUCUGUAUGCUGAAAACCUUCAGGUUCAUGAACAAAGGAUUCACUACCAGAAGGUGAAAUGUGUCAUCACCGAGGAGAAAAACUGCAAGGUGUGCAGGAAACGAAUCGGCAGCAGUGCCUUUGCCCGCUACCCGGAUGGCGUCAUUGUACACUAUGGCUGUAGAUUUGACCCAAGCAAGAAUUACCUGCCAGACAAAUUUUAACAUUAUUUGGAGUUGAAAGAGUUCACCAGCCCUUAAUCGCCUAUCACAUCUGGUGUCGAUACUUCAUCAAUUGCUCCACACAGGCAGCUAGUCUGACCUGAGUGAAAAAAUGGCGACAGUCCGAGGCUGUUCACACAGUUCGUGACGGCCAGUAUUGAUUGGGGGUGUAGGAACCUAAGUGAGCUGACAUUGGAUGACCUUUGAUGGCAGGAGUCCGAGAUUGGCUACCUAUGACUACUACAUAUAGGAUAUAGGAACAUGUAGGAUUGGCCACAGGCUUAUGCGUUCUCUGUUAGACCAUUAUCAGUUAAUUUUGUAUUUCUUGUCCUUUACACACUUUGUGAGGUUCGUUGGUGUGUUUUUUUUGGGCCAACAUAUAUGUAGCUUUUUUACAGAAAUAUUUUCGAGACUAAAAUGCUCAUAAAGGCUGGAAGUUCCACAAAACAUGAAAAAUGUACACAAUUUUCACAACUGGUUAUGCCAGUCUAGCUUUCACAUUGUCAAAAGGAUACAAGAUGCUUGUAUACAUGUAUUAUGAAAGCGGAUUUCAGAUAAAGCACACAGUGUGUAUCAUUGUUAAAAGGCAUUUGUGUACAUAUAAUUGUGAUUGCUUCAUAGGUUACAAGUGACAAGAAACAAGAAAUCAACUGAAUAUGGCCUGAAUACUCUCCAGCCACAAAUGAAUACAGCCUGUCGUUUUAUAAACCCAUAAACAUCUGCUCAGCUUCGCUGUCACAACACCACUGAAGAAGUUAUAUAUGAUAUGGAGAAUCAUCUAUGAAUUUGUCAAACAUAUCUCAAAAUCUUUUUAGAGGGAUGACGAGUAGUGGCCUAUGGCAUUUCAGUUCUUCCAAGUCUGGUCUUGUUUUGUGGUUGAUUGGUCAGCGUGUGGUGUUCUCUGUUGACCACUUGACCGCUUGCUAUGUGAACUGACCAGUCUAUUAAGCCUCAUCAAACAAAAUUAGUUUCUCUCAGUUUUGGGGUGAUCCAGAUUUUUUAUUCACAGACACACCAUUGUUUUGUGUCCUGACUGUCACUGUGUUGAAUAUGAUGAAUGCAGUGUGAAAAUGUUAAGUAUCAAAUUUCUGUCACUCUCGCCUGUUCUGCCUGCUAAGGGGUUCAGAUAGAAAUUGGGUCGUGAGUGAGAACAGCAUACCUUAGUUUAUCUAUGUGAGAGCCUUACUCCACUGGACGAUAUGUAUUAUACCUACUUUUUGAGCAUUGCAGUUAUACAGAAUCGCCAAAGGCAUUAACCAAUCAUAGCAAAAAAAAAAAGGAAUAUUAAGGAACAAAAUGAGGUAAAGAACAUGUUAUGCACUGUCAUAAUGAUUGAGCCUGUGAAUGAGAUCUUAGUGUUUGUGGUAAGCAUGUGAUGAAAAUGACCUCAAAUUUCCCCCAUUACUGUUACUCAUUUUGUCUGAUUUUGAGAGUGGCGUUGAUCUUGGAAAGGUAUUUUGAGCUUUGUUUGGAAGGUUGAAUGAUAUCAUACUGGAAAAAAGGCAAGUUUUAGCACCAAAACAAUAAUUUACAACAUUUAUGGGCUUUUGGGGGCAAAAUUUUAGGAGCUGUCCAAAAAACACGAAACAAAAACAAAACAAAGAUGAAGAUGUUAUCAAAGUAUCAUUCAUAGACCUACUCAGUAUGGUUAUGUUUUUAUUGUUCUGACUAUAAAAACACUGUCAUUUUUGUAUAGGACUGUACUCAUAGUUUUGAACACUAUGUAAAAUACGUAAAAAAUGUAAAAAAUGGGGCUAAAUGAGCCAGAUGCUGUUUUUUGCAGAUUAUAAAGAUCAAAGUAUUACAUGCUACUGAAACUAUCAUGGUUGAAGGCUAGACACAUUCUGAUUACUUUUCCAGAAAGAAUUUCUUGCCCAAAAGCUAUUAUUUUAUUUUUUAUGCUAAAAUAGUCAAGGCCUAGGGUUAAAUUCGCUUGUUUUCAGCUCCACCUCAUUAGUCACAUGACCAAAGAGUGUAAUGAUGAUUGGCUAUGAUAUCACUGCAAAACUGUGAAUAUGUGAAAAGUACAUUCAUUUUAGUCUGUGAUAUGACUGUUUCAGGUUAGCAAAGAUCUUUUACAGGAAGAUGUCAGGUGACCAAUGAGUGUGCUGAUGAUUGGCUAUGAUAUCACUGCAAAACUGUGAAUAUUUGAAAAAUACAUUCAUUUAGUCAGCUGAUAUGACUGUUUCUGGUUAUCAAAGACCUUUUACAUGUAUACACAUGUAUGUGUACUUAUAACAGUGCAUGUUUCCAAUAUAUUCUGGCUUGGUGCCUGGCCUCUUUUUAGGCUGGACUAUAUUCAUUACAAUAGGCCUAUGGCAAUGGAAUUGAGAAGGAAUGGUUUUAACUUUUGCAUGUUUGCUUAUGUACAGUGAAACCUUGCUGGCUAUGAGAUCUAACAGGUUCUUCAUGUAGACCUCUGAACCAUAUGUGGUACUAGUUAGUUUGAAUCCUGGUCUGAAUCUGAAAGACGAUGUUUUAGCGAAAUAUCUUUUAAGGUGACAUAAAAAAUGUCAAUUAAAUGAAUAAUUUAUUGAAUCACUUAUUGUUUGAGUCACUUUUGAGUUAUUAAGAAGAUUCAUUAUAUUAUAUGGCCUGGGGUUGGCAAUAUAUUGUAGUAAAUUCGUAUAUUAUUGGUGUAGUGGAGUCAACUCAGCUUAUUGUUGCUGAAUUUUUGGAUCCUUUAGCCACAGGGCUGCCGCUGUAUAAAUGAAAUAUUUUUGAGAACAGCGUAAACACCAAUGAAAUAAAAUACAUAAAUAAAUUUAGCAACAAUAUACUGAUCGUUUCUGAUAUUCUCAAAUAAACAUAAUUUACUCACCCUACUUAUGUAAGAAUACUGUAAAUAUUCAAUCUUUUCCACAACUUUUAUAGUGGAAUUUAGGCAUGCAAUGAAAAUAAAGCUAAAAAUAAUUUGUUUGUGUCAUUAAAGAUGCAAGAUUCAUAAGACUGUGCGAAGUGUCUCUCUACAACCCCACAGUUCUCUCAGAAUGUAUCAAAACAUUGGUUGCAGAGGCAGUUGAAAAGGUAUGAAAGAAAUCCUACAGAGUAGGCCUAACACCAUGUUUCAAUAGGAUUUUGAUGAAUAACACUAUUUAACCCAUAUAAUUGAAGAUUCCUUGAAAAACAAAAUCUUCGGCUUUGUCGGUAAAAUUUCCCUGAUGUGACGUGAUAAUAUUCCCUGUAUGACAUCGAAUCAGGCAGAUGUGAUGUUGAGUAAGGCAUUUAUGCUGGGAUGACGUCAAGAGCAUUUGAAAGGGCAGCGUCAUUUGUGGAUAUACGUCAGCGAUUGAUGACGCCAUGUGUUUGUGAGUGACGUCACACCAAGCAAAGUGGAAGGGACAGAAAUAUUUUGUUUCCGUAUACUCUGACGAAACGUACUUUAUCGGUUUUAAUUCACUGCAAUAUUUUCACAAUUUAGGAAAGCAAUUCUGACUAUCCCAGUCUUUAUCAAUUCACCUUGCUUUUAAGACACAGAUGUUUUGACACCAAGUAGCUCUUUAAAGAGUUAGGGUAUUUCAUGUCCUAUGAAAGAUCAUGAAAUGCAUAUGGCAUUAGAAUUAUGAAAAAUAUCUCAUCUGAGAAUUAGAGGAACUAUGGUACAUAAUUUACUGUUUGGCCAUUCUCUUACUAAUGGGAGUGGGGUGUAUUUAAUUGCCUCUGUGCCUCUGUUGUCCAAGUGCUAACCAGUGCUGCUAAGAAUAUGCACAGUCAGUGUUUAUAUGGUGCACUGAACUGGAAUGGAUGUACAGUAUAUGUGUAUGUGCCAGCGGUUGUGUUGACAGGAACUGCUACUUAGAUGACCUGUGUACAAUAAUUAAUUUUUUCCUCU